UUCUCCCACCACUUUGGGUGUCCUGGAAUGUUUGGUGUCAGAUGUCCCCUGUGAAAACCCACAAACCCUGAGAUCUUGAGAUGAGCUGCAGCCUCUUUGGCCUGCCUGUUUUAUUUACUUGGUGUACUCCCUCAGCGUCUCGUUACUAUCUCCUACUGCACUCAUAACUCGGUAUUUGUCUUUAACACUGUCCUCUUUCCCUAUUCGUGGCUCUCCUCCAGGCUGGAAGCCGCUGGAGGGAAGGAGUAAUGGUCUCUAGCGCUGGCACCAGGCACGUGGUAGAAAAUCCACAAAUAUUUGUUGAAGGCGAAGGGAAAAGGCCUUGAGCGUCUGUGGCUCCGACUGGCUGAGGAUGCAGCUUUGGACUGGAGAGAAGAAUCUGGCUGCCCAGGGGAAGCAGGAAAAGAUCUCACAAUAGAUCAAGGCCCUGGACUCCUGUGGAACAACCUUGUGCUGAGAAGAGAAGCGGAAAGGCAGAGAGGGAGACUCAUGUUCCCUGUUCAUCCUGCAGCGCCACCGCCCCCAACUCAGGUCUCUGGACGGAGGCGUCCCCCUCAGCACACUGUAUGGCCUUGGAUAGUUGGAAUGUUUGGAAUUCUCUAUACCCGGGAUGAAAGUCUUCCAACAGGAAGAAAAUGACUUCUACAAGAAUUAUGUCAGAACUUCAGGGAGCACUACCCAAUCUACCAUGCUCAUUUGAAAUGCACAGUGUUCCGCCAAAUCCGGUUGAGUGACCAGCACAGGGUCAGACACACACACUAAAUGCUAGAGGCUAAUUCCCUUUCUUCUCUCCCCUGGCAGGAAGUGGUGAAAUGUGACCAACUAGAAAUACUGUGCUAGCAUGAAUGAGACAGGGCGAGCGGCUGGGAGUAAUUCGGAAUCUCUCAGACAUAUCAACACGGUGAAAUUUUUAAAAAACAGUGUGUGGGCCAAUCAAAUGAGCUUGUGAUCACUGUGUGCUGUGUGGGGCCACCUGCCCUGGAGAUGCCCGUGGAAUGAUGAACUUCAGACCUUCAGAAAGAACAAAGGUUGCCAAGGGAGCACUCGCUGAGCCCUCAGAGAAGUGGAAAUCAAAUGACAAGAUACGGAAAGGUCCUCAAAGUGCUGUGCAUCAGUACGUCUGUGGAACUCAGAGAGCUACAAGAGGGCGGUCCUCCGGCCGUGACUGGUAAGUGACCCAGGAGGGGCAGAGGAGAACGGAGCUAUGGCUGUGGCAGUGAACUCCAUCAGCUGUCACUGGAAAGCCUUUUAAUCCGGAUAUGUAUCCUUGUAUUUACGUUCUGGAGAAAAGAAGCCGAUCUCUUUGACAUCAAGUGGUUUGUAUCUGAAUCACCUAAGUGAUUUGAAGUCUUGGCUUAAGGAAACCAGACACCAUGCGGUGUCCCGUCAGGCGCUGCUUCAUAACGUCUGUGGGCAUCGGAUUCCUGUGGCUCUUCAUCACUUUGAAAGUCCCCGAGGAAAUUGAAGAUGAUCAAAACGUGAUGGCUAUCAAAGGCCAGGAGGACAAUUAUGACAAAAGGAAAGACCCGAGACCAUUAGAAGACUGGCAGAAUCUUACCUUCGAAUAUUUUAAAACAAUUCAGCAGAGAAGAAAAACAUGGCUGACAGUGGGCAUCUCCUCAGUGCCACAACCAGAUCAAAGAAGCCUCUUGUACACAUUGGUCUCUCUGUUCCGUGCUUCCUCUAAGAUUGAGCAGAAACGUCUCACGGUGCUGGUCCACCUGGCACAUUCUGACCUCGUCAGGCUCAGAGAAACCGUUCUCCAUAUUUCAACCCUCUUCAGCCCACAGAUCUUGGCAGGGCAGCUGCUACUGAUCCAUGCUCCGCCUGAUGCCUACCCCUCCAUGGAUGACAUGAGGAAGGAGGCCCAUCAUGGGGAAUUCUACUCUAAGCAGAAUAUAGAUCACGCCUUCCUCAUGAGCUUUGCCACAAGGCUCUCUGAAUACUUCCUGUUACUGGAGGACAAUGUCUUUUCUGCCCCCAACUUUAUCACCCACAUUCAUUGGAAGGUGAACACCAUGAGGUCCAACCCAUGGGUGCUACUGGAGUUCUCUAAUAUGGGCAUCCUUGGCAAACUCUUCCACAGCAAGGACCUCCCACUCCUGGCCCAUUUCUUACUCCUUUUCUACAAGGAGAAGCCCCUUGACAGGCUGAUCCCCCACUUCCGUACCCUCCUAGCUCAGAAAAACCCAAUCAUCUGCAGACCUUUCCUUUUCUACCACAGGUUCUCCUACCACAUCUCUAACGACACCCAGAAGGCCACACCAGUUCAGAAAAAGAACCCCUAUGUUCCUGACAACCCACCUGGAGCCAUUUUCACGGAUAUGAAGGUUUUUGAUGUUCAUUUCCCCUGGGAAGCCUACACCCUGGACGAGUCAUUCUUCUGGACCCACAAUGUUAGUGCAGGGAACCACCUGACAGUCAUUUUGAACCAUCCGGCGAACUUGAGCAAAGUGCAAGUACUGACAGGCACCAUCGUGGAUGGAAAGUACGCCCUGAAGAAGGGGCAAGUGGAGCUGGGCUACGACCCCGAGGGAAUGCCUCAAUACUGUACCAGCUUCACCUUGCUGGGCCAUCUCUUCGAAGGGCAGAUAAAUCAGGAGAUAUUUCUGAAAAGGAUGGGGCACAAUGUGAGCUGUGUAAGGCUGGUGGUGAAGGCUGAUCAGGUUGGCGGUCUUAUAAUCAGGCACAUUUACCUCUGGGAGCAAAAUGCCAAAGAUAUGGAAGCAGCUCGGAGUUGGAGAGUGACCUCUACGAGCCAAGGAGCAUUCUAUGUCGGGCCCUGGGCACCAGGGAGAUUUUUAGAAAAAUACCAGAGCGUGGAUCCAAGAGCAGUUAGACAGAAGCUCCAGGGUAGAGCCCUGCCAUUGGUUUGUGAAAGCUCCCCAGGGGAUUCCAACAUGCGGACCGGGCUGGGGACCACCGCCCGCCAAUGGUCCCCUAACAGUGUGGUCUUGAAGCGGCAUCACCUGGGAACUUCUUAG